CCAGCUCCGAAUUUGUUUUUCCAGGUGGUUUAUUUGUAAAGUCUUACUUUCCUAUGCAACUUGAUUGCCUUCUCUUGCUGCUCAUUGUCAGUUCUCUAAUCUCCUUUUUCAUCUUUACCUUGCUUCCAACUUUUUCGCCAAACUAAUUCGUGCGAUCGACUGCUGGUUUCUUUCGCGACAAAAUACGUGAUAGUGCGAUUUUUUGACUGUCGGUGAAUUGAUUCAUAUUUUGAUAAGUAAUAAGUCAAAAUAUUAGAGGGUAAUGUUAUAUCUUUGGAAAAAUUGCUUUGUUGCAGAACAAAAAAAAUGGAAUUUUCAAUAUUAGUGGCUGUAUAUUGGCUGUCGUGUUUAUGCCGUGUUUAAUGAAAGAUGAAUCAAUUUUCGCUUUAAUGAGCGAAAAGCAAGAGGACACGGUGAAGACUGUGUAGCAGCAGGUUUUUGGUUUUAAAUUGAAAUCAUGGAGGCGGUGCGGGAUGAAGACAGGUCCAAGCGCCUUCGAGGACUCGAAGAGCGUAUUAAAGAUCCUCGUAGCAAUACAAAUAUUGACUGCUUGUUGGAUACUGUACAGGCCCUUGUAGCAGACUGUGAUCAUCCUAGCGUGAAACGCAUGAAAAACAUUGAGGCAUAUAUGAAUAGAUAUGACUCGGUUGCUCAGGACAUUUAUAAAAUGCGAAUGCGAACCGAUGACUUCACUUUGAUAAAAGUCAUAGGCCGUGGAGCAUUUGGUGAAGUACAAUUAGUCAGACACAAAUCAACACAAAAGGUCUAUGCUAUGAAGCUACUCAGCAAAUUUGAAAUGAUCAAAAGAUCGGACUCGGCCUUUUUUUGGGAGGAGAGAGAUAUUAUGGCGCAUGCGAAUUCUCAGUGGAUAGUUCAGUUGCACUUUGCAUUUCAAGACCACAAAUAUCUUUAUAUGGUUAUGGAUUAUAUGCCGGGUGGCGAUUUAGUAAAUUUAAUGUCGAAUUACGACGUGCCGGAAAAGUGGGCAAAGUUCUACUGCGCGGAAGUGGUGCUCGCGCUGGAUGCGAUACACAAUAUGGGAUUCGUUCAUCGGGACGUUAAGCCGGACAAUAUGCUGCUUGACAAGCACGGCCACUUGAAAUUGGCCGAUUUUGGUACCUGCAUGCGAAUGGAUACUGACGGCCUGGUACGCUCUGAUACUGCAGUGGGUACACCUGACUACAUAUCACCGGAAGUACUUCAGUCGCAAGGCGGUGAAGGUGUAUACGGUCGCGAAUGUGACUGGUGGUCCGUCGGCGUCUUCCUUUACGAAAUGUUGGUGGGUGACACUCCAUUUUACGCGGACUCGCUGGUGGGCACAUAUUCCAAAAUUAUGGAUCACCGAAAUUCUCUCCAUUUCCCGCCGGAAGUCGAAAUCACUCCUUCGGCCCAAAGCUUGAUCUACGGAUUUCUCACCGAUCGUACGAGACGCUUGGGCAGAAACGGAGUGGACGAGAUCAAGAGUCACGCCUUUUUUAAAAAUGACCAGUGGACUUUUGAGAAUUUGCGCGAGUGUGUGCCACCAGUAGUGCCAGAAUUGUCCGGGGACGAUGACACGAGUAACUUUGACGAUCUGGAAAAGGAAGACGGUCCCGAGGAGAGUUUUCCGGUGCCGAAAGCCUUCUCGGGAAAUCAUUUGCCCUUCAUUGGCUUCACAUAUUCCGGCGACUAUCAGCUGAUGGUGAACAAUAACAGCCGAGAAUCGGUGGACGGUCUCGAGAAUCAUGUGAACAAUGGUAUUGGCGAUGAGGGAAGAGUCGCGCAACUCGAGAAUUUACUCGAGCGUGAAAGACGUCAGGUGGAGAGUCUCGAGUCGAGGCAGCGGACUCUGACUGCUCAGCUGGAGGCGCUCACUGAACGUGAGGCUGAACUUCGCGAUGAGGCAGGCCGCGCCGACAAGGAGUUGGCGCUUCUGAGACACAGUCACAAGGAGGCGCAGCGACGCGUCGAGCAUGAGACGGAUGUUCGGCGAAAGGCCGAGUCGUUGCUGCUUGAAUUAAAGAAGAAGUUCGAUGAGGAGCAAACGAGACGAGCGAGGGAUGCGAGCACGUCGCAGCAAACGUCGGAGCGUAUCACGAGUUUGGAGAAGCAGGUGAAGGAGAUGCAGGCGAAGCUUGAGAGGGAGACGGAGACGGUGGGUAGGUUGCGAAAACAAUCGACUGAAGUGACUGUCGCUCGACAAGCAGCGGAACAAAUGGCUAAUGAGCUGCAACUGGCGCGAGCUCAAUUGCAAGCUCAGAGGGAUUCUCUGCAGCAGGAGGUAGCCACUUUACAGGGCCAAUUGUCGAAAGAGCGGAGUUCACGAUCACAGGCAUCGUCUCUCACGGCUGAACUCGAGACGAGACUGUCUGCCUUGCAUCUGGAACUUGAGCACAGUCGUGAGAGAGAGGAGAAGGCGACUCUUGACAAUAGACAAUUGAAUGAGAGGAUUUCCGAGUUGGAGAAAGAAGCAGCUACCUUGACUCUGGAGUUGAAAGCAGCUCAAGCUAGAUAUAAUCAGGAAGUGGUUGCUCAUCAGGAGACGGAGAGAUCGAGAAUGCUCUCGAAAGAAGAGGCCAAUCUGGAAGUUGUUAAAGCGUUACAAGCAAAGUUGAAUGAGGAGAAAAGUGGAAGGCAACGGGCCGAAUCAUUGGCUCAGGAGAAGGAACGCCAGACGUCGAUGUUGUCUGUUGAUUAUCGUCAAAUUCAACAGCGACUGCAAAAAUUGGAGGGUGAGCAUCGCCAGGAGGUGGAAAAGGUGAAGGUUCUUCAGGGCCAGGUGGAGCAGGAGCAGCAGAAGAGGACCAAUUUGCAAACCGAAUUGGCCCAGCAGUCCUCGGAAGCUGGUAGGCUACGUGCUCGAGAACAGCAGUUGAUGGACGAGGUUGCUCAGUUGCGAGAAUCGAAACGGCAGAUUGAGGAAGAGCUGCAUCAUUUGAAAACUCAGCGGAAUGUCGAUCAGCUUCAAAUGAAGGAGCUUCAGGAGCAGUUGGAGGCGGAAGCAUAUUUUUCGGUGAGAUAUUUCUUCCUCAUGUUCUGUUCACCAAUUGCUCCUUGGCAUUCAAUUCCUGAUGGUGCUUCGUCAUACUGUCCUUGUACUCCAACUCUUUCAUGGUUCGCUCCUUCUCCAAAUCGGCGACUGUCUCCUCGGCAAUCGAUCUCGCUAAAGCCUCGGCAUCGCCUCGAGCAAGAGCGAGCUCGAGCUGAUGACAGAAGGAAUUUCGUUCUUCCUCCAACUCUUGAUACGAUCGAGACUUGUCGUCAAGCUCCUCGCGGAGUUCUUGAGUCUGUGUUUUGUACAAAGUCUGGAAAUUGCCAAACUUUUAUAAUGGCACAACUCGUCGAAGAAAAUCAGUCGAAAUUGAGGCUUCAAAUGGAGCUGGAUUCUAAAGAUUCUGAGAUCGAAACACUUCAAAUGAAAAUAACUUCGAUCAAUUCCGAGACGGCGAGCGUGUCGUCGGUGGAGAAUGACGGAGAAGACUCUGUUUUGUCGGAACACGGUGCCAUGAGAUUGGAGGGUUGGUUGAACGUUCCCAAUAAGCAGAACAUUAAGAGACAUGGCUGGAAGAAGCAGUACGUUGUCGUGUCAUCGAAGAAGAUAAUUUUUUAUAAUAGCGAGAACGACAAAAUGAAUGCCGAUCCAGUUCUGAUAUUGGAUUUGAGUAAAGUCUUCCAUGUCAGAUCCGUCACUCAAGGAGACGUGAUUCGAGCCGAUGCCAAAGAUAUUCCUAGGAUAUUCCAGUUGCUAUACGCCGGCGAAGGCGAAGCGAGACGCCCUGGCGACGAAGGUAAUUCACUUCCAGGAGUAGAGCUUCCUCAGUUGACUGACAAACUGAGCACUCAGCCGCUGAAGGGUCUGAAAGGUCACGAGUUCAUUUCCAUUUCAUAUCACAUGCCAACGACCUGUGAAGUAUGUUCAAAACAACUCUGGCACAUGUUUAGACCACCUCCUGCUCUCGAGUGUAGAAGAUGUCAUAUAAAAGUUCACAAGGAACAUUUAGACAAAAAAGAAGACGCCAUAGCUCCGUGCAAACUGCAUUACGAUCCAAACAGCGCUCGAGAGCUGUUAGUUCUGGCAGGAAGUCCUGACGAUCAGAAGUACUGGGUAACACGAUUGUCGAGACGAAUUCAAAAAUGUGGUUACAAGGCGAACUCACACGUGGACGGGACGGGACAACGUGUCUCGCCAAGAGAAUCGACGAGGUCAACGCUGAAGCCUUAUUUACAAAAAUCGGCCACUCUCCCUGCGAACGCAAGUAUGGGAAAAUAAUUAUAAAGUAAGUCUUUGACCGAUUUUGAUCUCCUUGCCUGCCAUCUCCUCAUCCAAUUGCCUUUACUCAUGUCCAACGAAAAAAAGCCCUGGUCUUUUUAAUUUCCAGUGCCCAGUCGAAAAAAAAAUAUCGUAAUCGUCGUCUCCCACUCACUACUGUGCCACAUUGUUGUUAAUUUGCCAAUUCCCACAAGUGAUUUCCAGUGAUUUGGCAAUCAACAAUUUGUAAUCUCUUUCAUAAGUCCUUUAUUAUGAAUUUAUACAUACACCUUUCGUACGAACAUUUAAUAGGUAUUUUUUUAAUCGGAGAUUGUAGUCGAGCGAAGCCUUUUACAGGGUGUCUACCUGAUCGGGAAUUUUUUUUUAAAAGAACUAAAAUUUCGGAUAAAUAAAUAAAAGAAAUAUUUUGAAAAAAUCGCGUUAAGAAUUACGAUUAUCCUGAUUUGGAAGUGGGAAUUUUCAAAAAAGAAUUUAUUAUAAUUGUAAGGUUUGAUAUGGAAUUUUACGAGGAGUUGAAAUUAUUUUUUAUUCUUUUAAAUUUCCUACUGAGAGUUCAUUGGAUGUCUAUUCAUUUU